AUGUGGAUUGAUCCUUGGCUCAUUGCUGUUCCGCUAAAGGAUCGGUUUCCUAUGCUCUUCAACUUAGAGAAAGAUAAGCGGUGUCUGGAGUGGACACGGACUCCUAACGCUGUGGUAGAGCUGCAAGAAUGGAACGACCUGAUCGAGCUUCUUGACGACGUUAUCAUAAAAGAUACCCCCGAUAAAUGGGUUUGGAUGGGAGGUAAUAAUAAAGAAUUUUCAGUUAAAGCACUUAAGGAAUUCUUGAUCAGCAGCGUCGAUUUCAGCGACAGAUUUGUUAUGCAAUGGCCGAAAUGGGUCCCUAGAAAAUGUUGCAUGUUCAUGUGGAGGGUGGUUAUGGAUCAGAUCCCGACUCUCUCGGCCCUUCAAACCAGGAACACGUUUAGCGAGGAUGUUUCUUGCUCUAUGUGUGGGGACGAUAUCGAGUCUGCGUAUCACCUCUUAUGUGUUUCUCAGGUUGCUUCGGAAGUUUGGUUUCAUAUUUCGCGGUGGUGUAAGGUGAACCCGUUUAUUUUCAUCUCGGUUAAAGACCUCGUUGAGGCACAUGAGUUCUAUAAUGUUGGCAGCGUAGCUAAAGAGGCUCUUCAUGGUAUUAUGCAUGUGGCGACGUGGUGUAUUUGUGUUGGAAUCGUUCUUCAUGGUAUUAUUUGUAGCAUCGAAGUGAAACCUAAAGAGAUUUUCCAAGAUAUUAAGUCCCUCAGUUUUUUGUGGUUUAGGAAUCGUUCUAAAUACAGGAAUUUGUGUUGGAAAAGUUGGUGUAAAUUUGAGUUUUGA